GGACGCUCCCCACAGCGUCCUCAGGGUGUCGCCAUGGUGUCACUUCCCUGUCCCCGAGUCUGUGAGACCCUCGGACUGUCCUCAGUCCUGUCCCUAGGCUGUCCCCUCCCUGUCCCCAGAACGGUCCGGGCAGACGCUUUGGGCUCCACCCUCGCCCUUUGUGCCGCCUCUGCCCCGGUUUAAAAUGUUCCCAGAUUGUCCCCAGGUGUUCCCAAGUGCCACCAUGGCUCCUGUGCUGGUGGCCCUGUUAGCGCUGCUGGCGCUGGCACUGCUGGCGCAGCUGUCGCGACAUCGCGCGAUCGCAGCCCGACUCCCCCCGGGCCCCCCAGCGCUGCCGCUGCUCGGAAACCUCCUCCAGGUGUCCCCGUUCCGCACGCUGCAGUCCCUGCUCAAGCUGAGUGACCGCUACGGGCCAGUGUUCACAGUGUGGCUGGGCCCCCGGCCAGUGCUGGUGCUGUGUGGGACCCAGGCUGUGCACGAGGCACUCGUGGGGAACCCCGAGGUGUUCUCAGAGUGUGGGCAGAUGCCAACUCUGGAGAGCACCUUCAGGGGAUAUGGUGUGGUUUUUGCGGAUGGGGAGCGCUGGCGGCAGCUCCGGCGCUUCUCCCUGAUGGUGCUCCGGGAUUUUGGGAUGGGCCGCCAGAGCAUCGAGAGCCGGAUCCAGGAGGAGGCCCAGGAGCUGCUCCACGAGUUCCAGAAAACCCAACGGAAACCCUUCGACCCCACAUUCCUGCUGAGCUGCGCCGUGUCCAAUAUCAUCUGCUCCAUUGUUUUUGGGAAUCGCUUCCAGUACCAGGAUCCUGAAUUCCUGGAGCUGCUGCGUCUCAUGAACGAGAGUUUUCGGGAGAUGAGCACGGCCUGGGCACAGCUGUACAACAUGGCCGAGCCAUUGCUGAAGUUCGUGCCGGGCCCGCACCGGCGCAUCCCACAGCUGCUGGGGACAAUGAGGAGUUUCGUUGCCCAGCGUGUGCAGGACAACGCCCGGACCCUUGACCCCCACAGCCCCCGCGACUUCAUCGAUGCCUUCCUCAUCCAGAUGAACAAGGAAAAGGACAACCCCAAGUCAGAAUUCACAAUGGAGAACCUGGAAUUGACUACCCUGAACCUUUUCUUUGCCGGCACUGAGACCGUGAGCUCCACACUGCGCUUUGGCCUCCUCUUCCUUAUGAGGCACCCCACGGUGGAAGAGAAGAUUUUCGAGGAGAUUUCACAGGUGGUGGGCUUUGGCCGGGCUCCAGCCCUCGCUGACCGCUCGCUGAUGCCGUUCACUGAUGCCACGAUCCACGAGAUCCAGCGCUGCAGCGACCUCAUCCCCAUGAACGUCCCGCACCGGGUGACGCGGGACACGGAAUUCCGGGGCUUCUGCAUCCCCAAGGGCACAGACGUUUACCCCCUGCUGAGCUCGGUCCUAAAUGACCCUGAAUCCUUCAAAAACCCCCAAAACUUCGACCCUGGGAACUUCCUGGACGAGCAGGGUCGGUUCCAGCGCAACGAGGCCUUUGUGCCCUUCUCAGCUGGUGGGCACCACAAAAACCCCCCAAAAUCCCAUUAAUCCUUGGGGCCCUAAAUCCCUCUGAAAUCCCCAAAAUCCCAAAAUUCCUUUGGGGUGGGGUCCUAAAUUCUGGAAUCCCAAAAAUCCCAUAAAACCUUUGGGGAGGGGCCCUACAUCCUUUUGGGAUCCCCUAAAUCCCAUAAAUCCUCAGGGUGGGAACCCCAGACCCAUUUGGGAUCCCCACCCCUGAAACCCCCAGACCCUUUUGGGACCUCAGUCCCAAAGCUCCCAGACCCCUCCAGACCUUGAAAUCCCCAGACCCUUUCUGGGGUCCCCCAGACCCUUUUGGGAGCCCAUAGCCCCCAAAGUCCCCAGACCCCUUAGAA